AUGACUAUUGAAAUAUUGACUGGCUCUAACUACAAGGCAUGGAAAAGAGAUGUUGAACUUGCUAUGGAGUUAGUAGAUAUUGAUCUUGCUAUGGUAACUCCUAAGCCAGUUGAUCUUGCAAAUGCUAGUUCUGCUACAGAAAAGCAAGUGCAUAUAGCUUGGUAUAAGUCAAAUCGUAUGUGCUAUUUGACUAUUAAAAAGUCAAUUCCAGAGCAUUUACUAAGUGGUCUUUUAGAAACUACUAUAGCAAAAGAAUUUCUCACUCUAGUAUCUCAGAGGUACAAAGUAUCAAUCAAUGCUGAGAUUGGUACACUCUUGAAACAACUAUAUUCAAUGAAGUAUAAUGGGGUGGAGGAGUUAGGGAGUACAUUCUGA